AUGUACCUACUGGGGCUGCUGCUGCCGCCAUUGCUGUUGCCACCCCUAUCUCUCCAACAACAGGACCUCUCAGAGAACAAGGUGGCCAUGGGGAGGAUGAUCCUUCCUGCCCUGGAGAAAGCCACCUCAUUCAUGGCGAAGAGGUUCAGGGAGCUUAACCUGGAUGGAGUGAUGGGAUUCUGGGUACUAGAAGUACAACUAAAAGGUGUCUUGGAGAAAUGGGGCCAGGAGCCUGCCCUGAAGCCCCUGAGCCUGAGGGUAGAGAAGAUAGUGAAGAAAUUGUUACCACUCAUCACCAGAGCCACAAUCUACCUCAAGCUCAGUGACUCUAAGUACUUCAAAGGUAAAUAUUGUGCAAGUCAGGAGACUCUACAGCCAGGGUUUUGGAAUCUCCCUCAUUCAUGGAGUCAAACAAACACCACCAUGAUCUACUCCAUGAUCUACUCCAACUCACAUCCUUUUUCAGAAAGAUUAAGUGAUUCAUACAUGGCCCUCUUACUAGGGACCAAGAAGGAGGGCUUGCAGCCCUGUGCCAUCACUGACAUCUGCAGGGAACUCAUGACUAAGCCUGGCUGCAUGGGCUAUACACUGUCACACCAGCUCCUCUAUUUCCUGAUUGCCAAAAUGAAAGGAUGCUCAGAUGGCCUGUUCCUCCAAUCCAAAUACUACAUGGAUAUUUUCUGUGCUAAUAUGAUGGCACUGAAUUUGAAAACUGAAGAAGUUGGAUUGCUAUUUCUCAAUUGAGAUCUCUUCAUGGAAAAUAUCAUGUUCUGUGGACUUUCUGGAUACUCAGAUUUCUACAAGCCUAGAUGGCUACAGGCUAUUCUUACCUGGCAGAAACCUAAGGAGGGAUGCUUUGGGAAGCAUUAUGACAAUAGAAAACAAUUACCCAUAGUUGGUGAAGACCAACAGCAAUCAUUGAGAAGAGUUAAGAGGAGAGAGAAAGGAUUUUCAGAUGGGUGUUCUUCCCACAAAACAGCUGUGGCAGUUGCAGCCUUGGGUGGCUUCCUUUAUCACUCUGCAGAACAUUCACCAACCAUCACCAAGCCUCAUUAAUGCCUCACAACAAGCAAGGAACAGCUCAAAGGGAUGAUUCUAUACCUGCUGAAAAUGAAACAUAGCUUUUUUGGUAAUGCAUCCCCUUAGGUCCUGAGAUUACAUAAAUUCACCAGCAGAGCAGUGGAAAAGUACAGGCAGACAAGCUAGACAAAACCAGUGUAAUUGAAAAUUGGGAUUAGCAGAGCUAGCAGAAGGAUAAAAGUAACAGUAUUAACUAUAUUUAGCAAAACUGGUGACCCUGAUUGGCCCCCCAGAAAUUACUAAAGUAUUUUAAUUUAACCAACAUUAGGCAUCUCUUAUGUGCAGACAACUGUGCAAGAUGCUCAGGGCAAAACAAUUUCAAUAAAUAGUGCCUGUCUCAUGGAAUUUACAAUCAAAGUGCCCCUUCCUAUCUCCUCCUAAUAUAACACUCCUGGAAAGGCGAAUUCUAGUCAUUGAAUGC